UUGGUGAAGGUGAAGGUCUCUUCCAACCCUAAACACUCUGGUUUCAGUAGACAAGGUUUAUAUCUCCCCUUUCUAAAACCCUAAGCUACGGAGACAGGUUAAUCAAAAUGCGACCUCAAUGGCGAUUGCUUCUCUUCAGAAACUACCUUCGCUAUCCCCCAUCUCGGUCAUCUCAGGUAGAUUCCAACUAUCUUCGCUCUCUUUCAUCUUUUCUCUACACGCACUCUCUGCACUUUUCACAACAGCAACAACACACCAUUUUCAAUACCUGUCCAACAAAUCCUACUAACCUUCUAAACCUAGGAAAAUAUGACAAACACAUGAUUCGAAAUUUCUCGUCUGAACCGGAAAUUGAGGAGGACUCGGAUCAUGUGCGAGUAACUGGCAUUUUCAGUAGAUUGAGUGAUAAAAAUGAAAUUGGGAAAGAAAUAGAGUCCAACAGCAUUGUGAUUACCCAUGAACUGGGAUUGAAAGUGUUGAAAGGGCUUGAAUCGAAUCCUGAUGUUGCUCGCAGAUUUUUUGAUUGGGUUUUGGAGAGCGACGAUGAAAGGCUGAGCUCGAAAUCUUACAAUUUGAUGCUGGGUAUUUUGGGUGUCAAUGGUUUUGUUGAGGAGUUCUGGUCUUUAGUUGAUGCCAUGAAGAAGAAGGGGUACGGUGUGUCAGGGCAUGUGCGUGACAAAGUCUCAGAGAAAUUUGAGAAAGAUGGUUUGAAGAGUGAUUUAGAGAGGUUAAGAGGUGUGUUUGCAUCAGGUUCCAUCGGUAGUUCGGUGGAGAAGGUUUGUUCUAGGCUGUGUAAGAUUGUGAGAAAUGAGGAAUGGAGCGAAGAUGUUGAACGGAAGUUAGGGGAUUUGAAUAUUACGUUUUCAAGUGAUUUGGUGAGGAUGGUUUUGGAAAAUCUUGCAAUGGAACCAGAAAAAUCUUUUCAACUUUUUAGAUGGAUUGAGGAGAGUAGUUUCUUUAAGCACAAUGAGCAGACUUAUAAUGUGAUGGCAAGGAUUUUGGGGAGAGAAGAUUGUCUUGACAGCUUUUGGAAAAUUGUUCAUGAAAUAAGAAAUGGUGGUUAUGAAAUAGAAUUGGAGACUUAUGUUAAGGUCACCGGAAGGUUCUGUUACAGGAAAAUGAUUAAGGAAGCUGUGGAAUUAUAUGAGUUUGCAAUGGCUAGUAGUGAUAGGCCAUCAGUGCAUUCUUGUACAUUUUUACUGAGAAAAAUUGUGGUCAGUAAGCAGUUAGAUAUGAGUCUCUUUUCAAGGGUCGUGAAAGCCUUUACUGGAAAUGGUAAUCUGUUGACUGAGUCCAUGCUGAAAGCAGUUCUAAAGUCUUUAAGAAGUGUUGGUAGGGUUGGUGAAAGUAAUCAGAUUUUGAAGGCAAUGGAGGAAGGUGGGUUUGCAGCUGGUAGUAAUGUGCAAAGCAAGGUUGCAUUUGGGCUCAGUUAUGCUGGAAAGAAAGAUGAAGCACAAGAAUUUGAGCAAUAUAUGGAAGCAUCUGAGAAUGACAUAGAUGACAAGGUGUGGGCGUCUUUUGUUGAAGGGCAUUGUUUAGCUGGAGAUCUUGAAAAAGCUUCAGAUAGUUUCCAGAAGAUGGUUGGGAAAGGAGGCGCCUCUUAUGCUGCCCAUGCUUUUGAAAAGUUGGUAAUAGCUUAUUGCAAUAGGAACAGAGCAAUAGAUGCAUACAAGCUUCUGCAUGAUUAUGUCACCAAUAAUCAGUUAAAACCCUGGCACAGUACAUACAAAAUAUUGAUAAGGAAGUUAUUGUCAAAGAAGUUGUCCAAGAAAGGUGGAUUUAAUAAUGCUCUGAAUCUUUUUCAUUUGAUGAAAGAUCAUGGCUUUCCGCCAUUUAUAGAUCCAUUCAUAGACUAUUUAUCAAGGUCUGGAAAUAGUGAUGAAGCUGUCAUGUUUCUGAAAGGAAUGACGUCAAAGAAGUUUCCGUCCACUUCUGUGGUUCUCCGUGUAAUUGAAGCUUUUCUUAAGAAAUCAAGGCAUAAUGAAGCGCAUGAUUUAUUGUCUAAAUGCCCAGGUUAUAUCCGCAAUCAUGCAGAUGUUUUGGAUCUCUUUUAUUCGAUGAAAUGUGGGGAAGCUACCCCUGCAACUGCAGUCUCUGUCUAGGUCAGAGUGGAUAUAUAUUAUAGUUGAUCAGUUUCAUGUACUUUGUUAAAACAUUUUGGCAUGAGAAUUUUUUAUGCUUCUCAUUUCAAUUUA